AUGGCGCAAGAGCGCAACGGCUUGUCAACCUCUGUGGCGCAGUUACGGCUCCGACCCCUCUGGCCCCUUGGCGGUAUCACGAAGGCCGUUGCAUUCAGGUGUGGUGUGGUUCAGCGGUCGUUCGGUCAGCGGCCCAACCGGACCCCUCACAGCAUGGACUACCCUAGACCUGGCGCAUACCGAGAGUUAUGCUCGACUAUAUGCACUCACGACAAUGCGAAGUCUACGCCCGAGCCAUGUAUAGACGUAGCAGUUGCAGUUCUUGUGAAGUACGGAAUGCAGUAA